AUAGAAGUAGGUGUAAGAAGAGAAGCCACAGAUAGAGUGAAAUGGAAAGUGAGAAUAUGGCGAUUCCAUGGUUUGAUUUCUGCAAGGGUGGGAUGAGAUUGGAAGAAGGAAGUGAGGAGUGGAAAGAAAUGAGCAAGAAGGUGAGAGAAGCGUGUGAGAAUCACGGUUGCUUCAUCUUAAAGUGUGAUGAGAUCAUCCCCAAGAGUGUUUGUGAAGAAAUGUUUCAUCACAUGAAAGCUUUGUUUGAUUUGCCUGAAGAAACGAAACAGAAAUACGUAACUCCAAGGCCUUAUAGGAACUACAAUGGCAAGAACUCUGUCAUUCCCCUCUGUGAAAGCUUUGGCAUUGAUGAUAUUCCUCUCUCAGAUAAGGCUGAAGCCUUCACUAACCUGAUGUGGCCACAAGGAAACCCACCUUUCUGUUGCAGUGAGACACUAAAGACAAUGAGCUUGAAGAUGGUAGAGCUAAGUUUCCUUGUAUUGAAAAUGGUAGUGGAAGGUUAUGGUCUUCCCGAACAUUACAUUUCAGAUGCUGAAAACAUGAAAAAGUCUAGCUAUUCACGAUUGAUCAAGUACAAAGUUUCUGAAAGCAACAAUGAAUGUGAAACUUGUCUUCCACCUCACACAGACAGCAGUUCUUUAACGAUUUUAUGCCAGAAAGAUGUUCAAGGACUUCAUGUAUUAUCCAAAACAGAGAAAUGGAUUGAAUUAGAGAUACCCCAUGAUGGAUUUGUGGUCCUUGUUGGUGAUAUACUAAAGGCAUGGAGCAAUGGGAGACUUCAUGCAGUGACACACAGAGUGGCGUUGAGAGGAGUGAAAGAGAGAUACUCAUUUGGACUUUUUGCAAACCCAAAGGAAGAGAUGAAAAUCGAGGUUCCCGAUGAGUUGGUGGACAAUCAGAUUCAUCCCUUACGUUAUCGUCCAUUCAAUUAUGGUGAGUAUUUCAACUACUUUGUUUCAAAUCCCAUGGAAGCUCUUGAAGUCUUCUCAAGUAUUUGAAACCGAUAUUUAUAAACAGGAACAAGACAUUGCUACAUAUAUCUCCUUCUAUAUGUAAUGCACAAUAAUUAGAGGGACGACUUUUACAUUAAUAAAACUUUUCACAUUGCACAUUA